UUGCCGGUUGUCCAAAUUGUUUACAUUUUCAGAAAUCAUUAAAAAUGCCCUUAGAAAUCUAAAGCAGAUUGAAUAAAUGGAGUUGAACAUCUACGACGACUGCUGGGAGCUAGUACAGCGCUUCCAGCGAUUGGUAAACGAUGGAGACAAUCUGGAGUUCGAGGUAUUCUGCCGCUGCUGGCGGGAACUGCAGCUGCAGCACCUCUUUACCUGCCAGUCGAACCACACGGAGGUGAUAGCCACCACUCUGGCGGCCCUGCAUGUGGCCAAGCGGCUGGCCUGCUCUCGGCGCAGCUGCGGAGAUACCUUCUCAGCCUCGCGCUCCCAGCGGAUUGCUGGGUUCUAUUUGCUCUACGUGAUCUACCACAAGCAGCCAACCCAUAAGUUCGUCAAGAUCGAUGUUUCACCACGCACUUGGCAGGAGAUGACCGACUAUGUACUGCUCCUGCGAGAGGAGAGUCCGGAGCGUAAGGACACACAGCAGGUGGCCCACAUGUUCUGGCGUCUCGUGCAAGAGCAGGCCUUCCGGUACACGGCUUUGGACUACUGCCAGGGCUUGGAUAACCUGGCGGACUACGACAGGCUGGAGAGUAUAGUGGGGGCCAAAAGGGGAAAGCAGAUGGUGAAGCAACAGCGACCCAAAAACGUGAGCCUAGCAUACGAGCUGGAAGCCGCUCAUGAACUGGACAUGACAAGUCAGUCAUUCUGCGAUCUCGAGUCAGCCUACAAUAACCAGAAGCAGAACCUGCCCGGCCAACAGCUGGCUCUGCCUUCCACGAACAUAUUUGGUCAGCUGCAAGAGGUCUUUGGAGAUAUUCAAAAGCUGUUGGGUGGCAACAAAAAUCAGCCUGCAGCUCAGGCUGAGACGGACCAGGACCAGAGUCCUACGAGCUCAAACAAAAACCAGCUGGAGGUGCGACAGCAGGUUCGAUUAAAGGCCAUGUACGGCGAGGAGCAACCGCAACAGGCGGUGGAACUGGAUUGUGCGCUGGAGGUAAACGAAGCACACCAGCGGAGAAUGUCGUCGGCCACCGUUUUCCAGCGGGCACUGCCCGAGGAUGUGCAGCGGGAGUACGAACUCUAUGAAUUCAGUGACAAUGACGACGACGAGGCGGUGAAUGAAAUGGUGGGCGAGGAAAAUGAAGUCACAGAGGAAGAGGUUCAGCAGCUGCUCGGCUCCUAAAUGUACACAAUCUCUUAAAUGUAAAAUAAUUCUCAUUUUUGAUGUAAUGAAAUAAAAGUGAUGAAUAAAUUUAAAAAACAAGAUAGAAGACUUGCUUUGGCAAACAGAA